GGGCGCGCGGGCUACAGCCUGCAGGCGGCCGGGCGGCGCUUCCUGCUGGACCUGGAGCGGGACGAGGCGCCGGGGCCGCGGGCGCGCUGCUCCUACCGCGGCACGGUGGACCGCAGCCCCCGCUCCCUGGCCGUCUUCGACGUGUGCGGGGGCCUGGCCGGCUACUUCGCCGUGGGGCACGCCCGCUACACCGUGAAGCCCCUGCUGGGGGCGCGGGGCACAGGGCACCAGCGCCCCUACUCGCCCGGGGCGACCCAGGUCCCGCACCUCUUCGUCAGGGACCGCUUCAGCUUCCAGGCGCUGCCCGCUCGCCCCAGCUGCGAGACCCACGACCCCCCGCCUCAGGGGCAGAGGCAAAGCAGGGACGUGCCCGCCCCGGAGCGGGCGAGGGGUGGCCGGAGGCGGCGCUCUGUGUCCCGGGCGCGCCAAGUGGAGCUUCUCCUGGUGGCCGACGACUCCAUGGCCAAGAAAUAUGGCAAGGGCCUCCAGCACUACUUGCUGACCCUGGCCACCAUCGCCUCACGCCUCUACGGGCACGCCAGCAUCGAGAACCACAUCCGGCUGGCCGUGGUGAAGGUGGUGGUGCUGGGUGAGAAGGACAAGGGGCUGGAGGUCACCAAGAAUGCCGCCACCACGCUCAAGAACUUCUGCAAGUGGCAGCACCAGCACAACCCGCUGGAGGACGACCAUGACGAGCACUACGAUGCCGCCAUCCUCUUCACCAGGGAGGAUUUAUGCGGGCAUCAUUCAUGUGAUACUCUGGGAAUGGCAGACGUUGGGACCAUAUGCUCCCCUGAGCGCAGCUGUGCAGUGAUUGAAGAUGACGGCCUCCAUGCAGCUUUUACAGUGGCUCACGAAAUUGGGCACUUGCUUGGGCUUUCACAUGAUGAUUCCAAAUUCUGUGAAGAGAACUUUGGCUCCAUGGAAGAUAAACGUUUAAUGUCCUCCAUCCUAACAGGCAUCGAUGCUUCCAAACCCUGGUCCAAAUGCACUUCAGCAACAAUAACGGAAUUUUUGGAUGAUGGUCAUGGUAACUGUUUACUGGACCAACCAAAAAAGCAGAUCUUAGGCCCUGAGGAGCUUCCAGGACAAACUUACGAUGCCAUUCGGCAGUGCAAACUGGCAUUUGGGCCUGAAUACACAGUGUGCCCUGGUAUGGAUGUAUGCUCUCGCCUGUGGUGCGCAGUCGUUCGCCAAGGUCAGAUGGUUUGUCUGACCAAAAAGUUGCCUGCUGUGGAGGGGACACCAUGUGGAAAAGGAAGGAUUUGCCUCCAUGGAAAAUGCGUUGACAAAACAAAGAAGAAAUAUUAUUCGGCUUCAAGCCAUGGUAACUGGGGAUCCUGGGGGCCUUGGGGACAGUGCUCCCGUACAUGUGGUGGAGGCAUUCAGUUUGCUUAUCGUCACUGCAAUAAUCCAGCUCCUAGAAAUAGUGGACGGUACUGCACAGGAAAGCGGGCCAUUUAUCGCUCCUGCAAUGUUGCAGCCUGUCCAGCAAAUGCUAAAUCUUUUCGACAAGAGCAAUGUGAAGCAAGAAAUGGCUAUCAGUCUGAUGCAAAAGGUGUCAAAACAUUUGUGGAGUGGGUCCCCAAGUAUUCGGGAGUGCUCCCUGGAGAUGUUUGCAAGCUCACCUGCCGAGCCAAAGGAACAGGCUACUAUGUUGUGUUUUCUCAGAAGGUGACUGAUGGAACUGAGUGUAGACCCUACAGUAAUUCAAUCUGUAUCCGGGGGAAAUGUGUUCGAACUGGUUGUGAUGGGAUCAUCGGCUCAAAGCUCCAGUAUGAUAAGUGUGGUGUGUGUGGAGGAGACAAUUCCAGCUGCACAAAAGUCAUGGGAACCUUUACAAAAAAGAGUAAGGGAUACACAGAUAUAGUGAGAAUACCAGAGGGGGCAACUCACAUCAAAGUCCGACAAUUUAAAACUAAAGACCAAAGCAGGUUCACAGCUUACCUAGCCCUGAAAAAGAAAAAUGGUGAGUAUCUUGUCAAUGGGAAAUAUAUGAUCUCCACUUCAGAAACCAUCAUUGAUCUCAAUGGAACUGUUAUGAACUAUAGUGGCUGGAGUCACAGGGAUGAUUCCUUGCAUGCAAUGGGACAUUCUGCCACGAGGGAGAUCCUUAUUGUACAAAUUCUUGCAACUGACCCAACACAACCAGUGGAUGUUCGCUAUAGUUUCUUUGUGCCAAAGAAGCAAAUACAAAUGACUAACUCUGUCACAAGCAACAGUAACAAAGUCACCCCACAGCUCACUCAGCCACGGUGGGUAACUGGACCGUGGCUUUCUUGUUCUCGAACAUGUGACACAGGAUGGCACACUAGAACUGUUCAGUGCAAAGAUGGGAAUGGAAAACUUGCAAAAGGAUGUCUUCUGUCUCAGAGACCAUCAGCAUUUAAACAGUGCUUGCUAAAAAAAUGUUAACCUGUGGUGGCGAUUUUCUUGAAAAAAGAGAUCUGGUUAAGACAUUGUUGACAUACUGGUGUUAGUUCUAUCCAGGCAGAGAGAAGCCAAGGCUUCAAUAUAUUUACAUGCAGCCUCAAAUUAUGGGCAGAAUCUGCCUAUUUGGACCAAAUGAAGAUGUGCACUGCUUUAAGGGAUAGUAGAAUGAUAUUGGUAUGUCAAAGAAACUAAGCAUAAAAGUUAUAAUAAGCCCUCUGUGUCUGCAAAAAAAAGGAGGAAAAAAAAAACCCUGAAGAGGAAAAACCAGUGAAUGGAAGAUCCUAGGAAGGUUACAGAAUCAUCUCCCCUUUUUCACCUACCUCUAAUACCUUAGACAACUUUGUCAUACUUACCCAUGAUACCACAGUAGCUUAUUUUAUACUGUUUGUAAAUAUCUUUCAUUUGGUAUGUCACUUUAUAUCACUUGGUUCUAUUAAAAACAAUAUAUAAGCAAAGUGAUUGACCAAAGUAUGUCUGCAGCCAUUUUUCAGAAAUGGCUGUGGAUGUUUUACUGGAAAACAAAGAGCUUGCUGCUGUUUUUAAGAUUUAAUAGAUUUUUUCUGACAAGAGGAAAUACAUUUCCAUUCUAGGAAUUUCCUGACCACAGAACUUUAUUCUAUAAUAAACAAUGCCUUUCCACCCAGAAAUUCUCAUACAGGGAACAUCUCAGCAGCCUGUAGAUGAACAAUCGCUGCUGUUCUGCUUCUCUGUAUGAAAUAAAGACAUACUGUAUUUUGUAAAAAGUUAUAGAACCAAAAACUACAGUUGAGAUAACGAAGUGUCUUCUAACUCAGACUGUUCUCAACUGCUUUGUCUGUUAUUUUCUCUAUGGUUUCCAUCUGAAAUCUUACAAUGUGUAAUUACCUAUACCUAUAAAGGUCAAAAAACACAGCAAGCAGUUAAUAGCAUUUUAUCAGUGUUUUGUCCAUCAUGUCUAACCCUGGUAUCCCUUUUACCAGCAAAAGUUUGUCAUUACUUGUCUUUUUUGUGUGGUUUGUUUGGUUUAAAAGCUGUAGAAGUCAUUUGGGUUUUGUACACCUUGCAUAUUUGGGAGGUUUAUGAGUCAUUACAAAGUCAAACCACAUGAGGAUGUGGUGGAUAUAACUAAUAUCAGUAAGACUAUUUCCACAGAGCAGGCAGCAGUUUGUAAUGUCUUUCAGCAGCCCUUUCCAAAUGGCAUUUUUGUCUGACAAAAGACUGCCACUGCAGAAGAACAUUUCGUGGCAAGGUGAAUAGCAUGAUACAAAAACUAUCCAAGUCUUUUCUUUUGAAUUCUGCAAGCUUUUGUCAGACCCCAAAACAAUAUAUUUUUGUUAAAGUCUCUACAACCUGUGAUGAAAAUAGAAUCUGACCAGUCCCCUAUCCUCUAAUUUGCCCACACAGUCUGAGAAUAUGAAAUUACAAUGGGAUUUUCAGAACAGCCCAAGAGAAUAAAAUUCAGUGGGAUUUGGGAACUGAAUUCCUUGUAGGCUCUUUGGAAAUUCCCAGUUUCAGAGAUUAUUAGAAAAAAAAAACUGAUCUGUGUCCCUAUCACAGAAGGAAAAUUUCACUUCAGACUGGCGUAGACAUGCUUCAGUAACUAUGAACAUUGGAAGCAUGGGAUCAUUUCAAAAUAGCUGAUAAUUUUUAUAUCUACAGAGAUGAACCUUGGAGAAUCACCUAUUGUUGUAGAAUAUUUUAAACAGGGGGUGUUUAUCUGUGAUAGCAGAAUGCAAGGAUAGGCCAGAAGGAAUGAAUCUGAGUGACUGCUGUUGGUAAAAACAUUACGGCCUGAUUUUUACAAGUAGUCCUAAGCAACAAAGGUGGAUAUUAACGAAUCCUCGAAGUUCAUUAUUGGCCCAUCUCUAAAGUAAUACGGUCUCCACCCCAGGCUCUAAAGAAUUGCAAAUGUGUAGAAGCCACUUCAAAACUGUCUAUCUCCCUCCCUAGCCAUUAAAACAAAGACUGCUUUAUGCCCCAGGGUGGCAUCCUCAACCACACUUCUCUGGGUGAACAAUUUCCUAAACUCCAAGCAAUAAAGGCAUGUCACAACCUGGUUAAUUAGCUGAGAGUUAGUUAGCAUUAUUUUUCAGUUGUGGUUAUUAGCUUGCCUUAUGUACCACACAGAGAUGCACCAUGGCUUUCAGUUUAGAAGGCAGCCCAGUCAGAGCAGUGCAGUGUGGUUGAGAAUGCGGCUAUGGAGCUUGGUAAGUUUACCCAACUCAGCCUAAGUACAGCUGACUGUCCUUUUAAAUUAUAUUGUUUGAAUGCUUCAGUGGAUGCAUUACUGAAUUAUUGAAAGGUUCUUAAUAGAGAACCUUCAUUAGGGAGAAAGCAACCACCAUGUGACAUGGAUCACAGCAUGCACUUGCCAUAUAAAAUACAUUUUGUUUCUAACCCAUUUUAUAAUUCUGGAGCUAGCAUGUGCAAGGAUUUUUGAGUCAAAAUAAUCUAUUAAGUAUUAAAUAGGGAUGAGUAAAUAAUUUUGGACACUAUUCAAAUAAAAUCACAACGGCUCUACAGUUAAACUAUUUUUGUUCAAAAUUAUCUUGUUCCUAGAAAGAGUUUGUGUAAAAAAAUCUGUAUGAAAACAAACCACUAUAGUGAAUCAUCCAUCUUUUUAACUAAAAUUUAUUUUCCUAGCCUAUGUAGUACCUUAUAGUCAAAUAUUUGAAAAUCGGUUACAGAGCAUGAAAUGCAGAGAACACUAUUACCGCAUCUUCACACUGGAGUUCUAGACUUGACUCCCGUCUGACUGUAGAAAAAUGUAAAGGCAACAAAAGACAAUACCUUACAAUGUAACUGAUUCAACUCCAACUGAUUUUAAUGGGCCUUGAUUCAGUCUCAGGGUACCAGGAUUUGUUUUUGUGGGAAGUACCCUGUCUCUCUCACUCUGCAUACAUCAUGGAGUUACAUGCAAGAUUAAUGUAGAGGUAUACCAAAGGUGAAGGUUGUCCCUUACUGAGAAGCUGCCCAUCAUAGUAACAGUCAUAUGCUAGGUGAAGCUUGUGAAGGAAAUAUGGUAACUCAGGCAUAGGAGAAGGAUACAGAGUAGGGAAGAACAAUAGAAAUCUGAGCUGAGCUUAUGGUGAUGUGAAUUUUGGUGUAAGUUACAGAGCAGGAGUAAAAUGGACAGACUUGUAAGUAAUAAAGCAGCAUAAAUUGUAUGAAUUUAGCACUGAGCAUGCAAAAAAGUGUAACAUAGACUGAAAGGGUUAAAGGGGCAUAGUUGCAAAAGGAGCAAGCUAACAAGUACAAAGUAAGAGGGUUGCCUGCUUUAUUUACCUCUGUCUUCAGCUAUUCUGCUAUGACUCCUGUUCCAACUCCUUUUUUAUGCACCUGGUGCAGGCUGUAUGAUUUAAUAUUUUUAUUCGUAGUCUGAUCAUCUACAUCCCCACACAUAAUAUGACAUCACUGUUUAUAUCACUCCUGAGUUUUGCCUAACGGGCUUCAGAAAUUGAUUUAAGCCAAUGCAAAGCCAAAUUUAAAAGCCAAAAGCGAUGUGUUCCAUAGGGAAAUAAUUCACACUUACUGUAUCCAGUGCUAAAUUCACAGCUAAUAUAAGGGGACACAAUUCCACUGCUUUCCAUGGAUAUAGGCCCACUAACAUCAAUGCUUUUUUAUGUGUCUUCCUCUAAAAUAGCUUAUCACAUGCUUAGAUUAGUCAUCCUCCUUAUGACAAAGGUUUUCAAGUUGGGUUUGAUGGUGUUUAAGAAAUUAAAUUUAGUUGCCUUCCUGUGGAAACAGUUUUAUCCCAUGGGGGAGGGGAAAGAACUCUGUGGAUCAAUCACAAAUGUAAAAAAGCAACACAGCACUGAAAAAAAAUAAUUUAUUGUUUUUACAACUGGUAUGUGAAUGGAUGUAAUGAAUUUAUUUAUUCUUAUUUAACAAAAAUACCAAUUGUGCAAAUUCUAUAUUUAAAGUAUGUUGCUAUCGUUUCUCUUUCUUUUUUUUAAUUUAUGCUUCAUGUUUGUGUUAAAAGUACACCUUGUGAGUUUACAUAAUGUUCAGCACUGGUUGCUUUUGUAUGUUUUUCAGAAAGCUUUCUGCAUGAAAUAGGGGUAUAUGUCUGUAUACUUCCUAUGCUCACAUACUGUAUAUUCACUUUCUGCUACAAGCUUUUUCUAAGAAAAAUUGUGAAUCUUUAGUUUUUGUGAUUUAGGCUCAAAACUCCUUGUUCUACUUUUUUUCUAAAACCUCAUGACAACUAAAUCAUAGCGUUCCACUGACCUAAAACACAUUAAGUCCUAAAGAAAUAAGUGCCAGAUUCUCAUUUCAGAUACAUGCCUACAGAUUCAAUUCAUCAUUCAGAUUUUGCCAUUCACUUAAAUGGGAGCAGGAUCAGGCUUGUAAGGUGCCUAUUUAUAUGUGCAUGUGCUUCCUAAAGUGAACUGUCUGAAUUACCAUAUUCAAGGUAUAUGAGGAAGAAAUCUUUAAUCUUCCCUUUAAAAAGGACCAAAAUAACAUAUGCUUUUUAUUUCUAGUGAUUGCACUGUAAAAAUAUGCUACUAGUAACAUGACACUGUUCCCAUUUUUCUAUACGAUGAAGUUUGCUAUAUUUUAGUCUCAUUAUAUUCCAGAACUAUGUACCUGAUAAGAUAUGGUAAGACACACACAAAAAAAGUAAUCCAGAUUUGCAUUAGUCCCACAACAUGCCCUUGGAAAGCAUCAUGGGUCUUUGUUGUUUCCACUAUUUGUCAGAUCUAGGGCCUAUUAAUGGGAGCUGUAUUAGACCCUAUAAGAAGUUAUUUGCAAUAUAAACAAACCUACAAUUGCCUUAUAAUCAUCUAUUUUUAUGAUGCAAAACACCACUUGGAUUACUUUAGCCUAAUCUUAAGCAAAUAAUUUGGUCCAAAUCAUUCAGGUGUCUGUCAUUUGGAAUGUGUGUACAAGUCUCCGUCACUGACAACCAGAUUCAAAGCCUACUGAAGUCAACGGAAAGCCUUCCGUUUUGAUUUCAUUGGGCUGUGCAUCAGGCAUGACUGAGCUGUGAGCAACACUGUUAAUUGUAAUGCCCUGCUCAACACUGUGUUUAGGUGAGUGAUUCUCCCCUGAUUUUACCAAGCGUCAAUAAGACAAACAAUGGGUUGUCAUCUAUCAGUGAGGAACAAGGAGUAUUCUGCAAUACUGAAAGAGCCAAAAUCUGAUAUUUUACAUCAGGACUGCAAUUUGUAACCAAAGCAGGGUUUGUGGGGGUGGGGGGAGUGUUGGCUGGGGCUUUUGUUUUUGUUUUGUUUUGUUGGCACAUCUCUGAGAUAGUGCACAGUUUCCACCAUAUGAGUUGUCACCAUAUGUCUGUGCAUUAAUACUUGUUACUAAGAGUAAACUCAGGAAGGUUUUGUUUGUUACCAUCCCUAUGAGCAUGCAGAAUAUUGGCUGGUUAUUGAGUUUGACUCUACAAAUCAAUAUCAUUACAAAUGCCUGCUGAUGUUUAUUCUUGUCAGUUCUAUUUACUGUUCCUUAAGUUUUUCUGGUUUUUCAUUCGUUUGCUUGCUUGUUUUGUGUGCGUGUUUGUUAACAUGUACAGCUGCAGAGAUACUUAGCAUGGGGAAAAUGUCAGUGACAGAUCCUCAGCUGGAGUAACCAGCAUAGAUUCAAGAUCCAGCCUCCAGCCCAUUUUAUUCCAAGUGCACGUUUGUGGGGAUGGCAACCAAACUGUGAAAGAACCCAACUAGAAUCUCAGUCUUCUGAGUGAAUGAAAUGAAAAGUCAUUUUCUGCUACUCUAUAUUUCCUGAACAUCUUCAUAGAUUCUUUGUCCUGCCUCUUUAGCUACUGUAGUUACAUGUCAAAAGCAAAAGGUACACAGCUGUUUCAUCUUAAAGUUGUUAGAUAUUUACAGUAGCUGUCAGGAUAUUUAAAACACUUCUGUGUAUAGCAACUGAAAUGUCAUGUAGUCAAAACUGAACAACUAGGUAUGUGUAUGAAUAUGUACAGAUUAACUAUGCCUAUAUAGAAAUAUAUAUUGUAUAUGUGGAUGGGUAUAGGAUAUAUGGGUCUCCCUUAUUUUUCACACAGAAUCAAAUUCUGACUUAAGUUACAUUAGUGUAAAUCCAGAGUGACUUCAUUAAAUUAUUCGAUCUUAUUGGAACUGCUCCAGAUUUAUAACAUUGUAACUGAGAGCAGAAUCUGUCCCAAUGCCUAAUAAAUGGUUUGCACAAUUCAUCACAUAAAAUGUGAUGUAGUAUUAUGUAGUAUUCCAUGAACACUGUUCAUCAUAUGAAAUAUUACUCAGUGAAAUGCAUAGAAAUAGAUAUUGCUAAUAUCUUAUCAACACAGAAAAUAAUAUCUUGAAUUCAAAUGUUUUUGGGCAGUGGUAUAAAUAAUCUGUUUCUGUUCUAUUGCAUGGUCACUUAACAUAACAUAAAACAGGUAAAAUAGAAACAAGAGAGGUAUUGUAGGGAAGACUGGGGGAAGUACAAAAUUAUUUUGCUUGGUUUAUAUCACAAACCUCUUAAUUUACUGCAACAGUGGCCUGCAUAUUCUUUAAAAUAUUACAUCUUGCAUUAUAGUUAACUCAGCUGAAAUACGAGUACCCUUUGGGAAACUAAGACGUGUCACUAAAAUUUACUGUUGUUCUGAUAAAUGCCUAAACAAAGAGGAUUCAUCUCUUAGAUCACUAUGUCAGUCUGUUUACACAAUAAAAUAAUUCAUUAAACUAAAUAUAAAUCCAUUUGAACUGCAUUGUACAAGAUCUAUACUGUACUGUGACACAUUAAAGGCCAAUGCUUUGUUUUGUAAACUCUUACAUAUGUAUAAUUUACCAGCUGUAAUCUUAAAUACUUGAGUAUGUGGUUUCAAUGAAAGUAAUAAAUACAAACUGUACCACAGA